CAGUUUUUGGUCAGCCUCAGAGACCACCAUUUGGCCUUGACUAGAGAAGAGUGUAUCAAGAUCAUCACCCUGUUGUAGGCAUUGGGGGAGUAUGACAAGAAGAAGACCAUUUACCCAACACGUCACCAAACCACCCUAAAAAAGGACAAUUCAGGGCCAAUAAGAAGAUUGUGGAACAAGGUGUGAAGAGCACCAAAAGUGAACAAACCUGUGAAGACAAGAUGAUACAGAACAAGAUUCAACUGGUUGUUUUUCUCGCAGGAAUCCUGUCCAAGGCUUCAUGUGAUCUGUAUCAAAUCGUCCUGAUCCAAGAGCCAAAGACCUGGACAGAAGCUCAAUCCUACUGCAGAGAGAAAUACACAGAUCUGGCAACGGUUCAGAGCGAUGAAGACAGAGCCAAACUAAAGGAGGCAGCAAACGCUGUGAACUUUCAGUCUCUGGCCUGGGUCGGUUUCUACAGAGUCUCUUGGGGUUGGUCAUAUCAAAACACACCGGCCAGCUAUACAAUGUGGGAAUCCUGGGACCCGGACUUGCCCAAAACAAGCGAGGCCUGUGUGUCUGUACAAGCCAAUGGACGAUGGGGCGACAGAGGCUGCACUGAAAAAGACUACUUCUUUUGCCAAACUGACUCACAGGACACACUUCAGAACAAGUUUAAAUUCAUUGGAACGGUCUUGAGCUGGUAUGAUGCUCAAAUUUACUGCAGAACAAACUACGUAGACCUGGCCACCAUUUCAGACAACACAGAGAACACGUUCCUCACAAACACACUUUCUAGCACGGGCUUCUACUAUGCUUGGAUUGGCCUGCACAGGACCCCAUUGGACCCAUUGAUCUCAUGGCAGUGGUCAGACGAGAGCAGUGUAUCGUUGUCUUCUGUGAAUUGGGUGUCUGGGCAGCCUGAUAACUUGAAUGGAAAUGAGAAUUGUGUGAAAGCCAGUACUGUAGGACUGAUGGCUGAUGACCCCUGCUCGACUUCACUGCCUUUCUACUGCCGCGAAAACAGGAAAAUACAGCGUGUGAGAUUCACAAUCACAUCAGACGGACAACUGGAUGAAUCCACAGUGAUGGAGGCCAUAGAGAAGAAGAUGAAGGAGAUCCUCUCAGAUCAAGGAAAAUCCAGCAUAAACUGGAGCGUUGAACCUGACGGGAAGAUCUUCCAGCAGCAGAAAACACAAGAAAACACACAAGAGACGGCAUGUGAGGACUUAGAGCCAAUGAAACGCUAGACUCUGAU